AACAUAGUCAAGAUGGAGGAUACUUUGCAGGAUGAAGCAUGGAAAGAUUCAUUUGAUAAGUUAUUGGAACCCCGGCCGCAACUGCGACUGCUCAACAUAAUUAAAACGAAUGUUAGAGCAUCAUUUAACCUUGAUUCCAGUGUAGAAAACAGCAACCACAGUAUUUUAGAAAACGACAAGAAGGCCGGGUCUGAGCAACAUAUUUUAGAUGGCUGUGAUGUCUUAAAAAAGUUUGGAACGAGCUGUAACUCCAUUUCAACGCCGUUUGGAAAACGUUUAGGGACUGAUUUAUUUCACUGCGGUAUAUCACCUAUCACGGGAAUGAAACUUGACGGCUUUGGUGGUAAUACUGAAAAAACGUGGAUUCUGAACCGUAAUACUGACCGUGUGGAGGACUUUGUAGAACUGCACAUAAAAAAACGAGUAUGCUUCGAAGUAGAAUCCAAGAAUACGAUCGAUACGAUUAGGAACUCGAAAAAGAAGUCUGACGAACUUGGAAUUCGGUCUUCCCUUGUUUUACAGCCAGGAAAGUGGCGAAAAUCUCUUAAUUCUUGGCGUCGAACGCAAGUAGUUGAACCUACUCUAAACAGAAGCGACAACUCCCGAUUACUCACUGCCCGCGCAUCUAGACAAGUCAGCCCUUCUAAAGGACGAAAAUCGGUAUUUUUAAAUGACUGCAAUAAUAUAAUUACUGAUUAUGAGAGCCAAGUUCUGAAACAUUGCGAUCAGCGUAAGCCGCUUCGAUUUGAAGUUGUCUAUGCACCAUCAAAAAUGAUGAAUACCAAGAAAAUAGGUGAAGGUGCUUAUGGCGAAGUGUUUAAGUAUACUAUGAAACGGAAAAAAAGAGAUACGCGUAACUGUGACGUUGUCCUAAAGGUAAUACCUAUUGAAGGUUCUACUGAAGUUAACGGAGAAUUGCAAAAGACCUUUGAGCAAAUUUUGCCAGAAAUUUUAAUUUCUAAGAAAAUGUGCAGCCUAAGAUUAGGAAAAAAUAAUACUACUCAUGGAUAUGCAAAUAUAUACAAGGUAUCUUUAGUUAAAGGAAAGUACCCGGAACAUUUGAUAAAACUUUGGGAAAGUUACGACGAGGAAAAGGAGUCUGAAAAUGAUCAUCCAAGAAUUUUUGCAGAUGACCAACUAUUUAUAGUUUUAGAAUUGAAGUUUUCUGGAGAAGACAUGUCCAGUUUUAAAUUUGUAAAUGCUGAACAGUCGUAUUAUGUAUUGCAACAGAUAAUGUUGGCCCUGGCAGUUGGAGAAGAAGAGUGCCAAUUUGAGCAUCGUGAUCUUCAUUGGGGCAACAUAUUAAUUGAACCAACUAUUAAGAAGGAAAUUUCUUAUAAAUUUCAUACCAAGGAUCUGAAAGUAUAUUCGAAGGGGGUGAAAGUUACAAUCAUUGACUACACUCUAUCAAGAAUAACUAUAGACGAAUUUUGCAAUUUUAACGAUCUGUCUUCCGAUGAGGAACUGUUUGCGGCGUCAGGAGACUAUCAAUAUGAUAUUUACCGACUGAUGCGGGAUGAGCUAAAAAACAAUUGGGCUUCAUUUGCCCCUAAAACAAACGUGCUUUGGCUUUCCUACGUAACUGCAAAACUAAUUGAUGGCGUUUACUAUAAGAGCGCCAAUACGAAACUCCACAAACUAUACAUUCAGAAGCUAAGGACGUUUCAAAGCACAAUACUCUCGUUUGAAAGUGCCACCCAUUGUGCUAAACAAGUAUUUGAUUUAAAUUAGACCAUAUGCAUUCACUUAUUUUAUAUUUAUAUAUUUGUAAUAAAAGGUUUCAUGUUUAAUUCGUCACA